AUGGGCACCCCCAGGAGAGUGCACAGAAGAAGACAUAGUAGGGGUUACCAACCACCAUCACCUACUGCUGCUGCGAUACAACAAGACUCCAAUACUAGUAAUAACAAUACCCACAAUACUCAACAUGAAGAAUCAGAAAACGCCAAAAACCAAUCGAUGUUUUCACCCGAGCAACAAAAAGUGAUCAUUGAACACUUACUUAUUACCAAGAAUUCCGCACCUCAGAAAAAUUACAGCCAUGUACCUUGUAAGUUUUACAGACAAGGUGUCUGUCAAGCAGGUCAAUCGUGCCCAUUUUCGCACUCGUUAGAUGCAUUUGCAGCUGAUCAGCGACCUUGUGAGUAUUUUAAAAGAGGCAAUUGUAAGUUCGGUGCGAAAUGCGUUAAUGCUCAUGUCACAAGUGAAGGCACUGAUGCAAAGAAACCCCUGAAGCAGUUUUCACCCCCUUCCAGGAUCACUACGAAUAUACCAUCGGCAACCCCAUCGGUGCCACAGGGAAAUCCUGCAAUAGGGACAUCUAUGAUCCCUCAGCAACAAACCGAUCUAGCAGAUGUUUUUGAGGAUGAAGAGUACUUUUUACCCAACGACUUUUCGGACCUACUCACGCCGGAAGAACUCUCUCACCGCAGAUCACGUUCUUCAAGUAGUAACUCGUUGAAACUUGAUCCUAUUUCUGCGGCUUCAAGUUUAACAAGCGAACCAUUGUUCCAUCACCAGAGAUCAUUAUCAGGCACUUCAACUACUUCAUCAUCAUCUUCAUUCACUUCACCCUUAUUACAUCAGCAACUGGCUUUUUUUCAAUCCGCACAGAGCACGCAGGUGCCUCUGAAGUCUCCCUACAACUAUACCUAUGCAACUCGUCCCCUGCAGUUUAAGAGUCAACACACUUGGGGAUCCAUGCCAUCGUCCGGGCCACCGUCAUCAUCAUCAUCUUCUUCAUCAUACCCUUUUUCCUUUGCUAAUGAUUUGGCAAAAUUUAGGAUAGAGGAAGAAGACACUCCCUUCCUACUAGAUGGUUUACCAAGCAACACGUUUUCCAGCUUUUAG